GUAGAUAUGGACAUCAAACAUACAUAUAUCACCCGCACUGACUGCAUUUUCUCCCUCUCGGCCCCCUUUCUUCCCUUUCGUCUUUCUUCCUUUCUCUAUACAGGCUAUGCACCAAUAAGCCAUCCGUACACCACCACAAAUCCUCACAGAUGCGCAUCGCCACCCUCCAGCUCUCGCCGCGACGGGGCGAUGUGGAGGGCAAUAUCCGCCGCGCGAAUGCGCUGGUGGAUGAUUUAGAUAUGAGGUUGAUGAGGUUGAAGCGUGGAGCUCAGCCAGAUGGUGGCAGUAGUAUGCCUGCUGGCUCAGGUGUGAGCGCAGGCGCUCUAGCGGGGUUGCUAGACGUAUUGGUUUUGCCGGAGAUGGCUUUUACCGGCUACAACUUCCCAUCCCUAGAGGCCAUCCGGCCGUAUCUUGAGCCCACAACAUCUGGACCAACAGCGGAAUGGGCUCGAUCCGCCGCGCGCCGCCUCGGUUGCGUCGUUUGUGUGGGUUACCCCGAGCUUGCAGAAGCCCAAAGUACUUCACCGGCAACAUCAGCAUUAUCAUUGCCGCCGUUAAGAAGUGAUAUUCAUGCGGCCAUGAGAAAUAAAAACUCUGAUGAACCGGCAAAAGCAGACCGGCAUCACACCAGCCAUGGCGAUGGGAAAGAAAAUAAACCUAUAGCCGACGUUCAAAGGACAAAUGAUGAUGGAAGUAUAAAAAACACAACCAACGAGGAAAGCAACAAAAACAGCAACAACACUACCACCGCCCCAUCCCGCUUCAACUCCGCCCUCCUCGUCUCUCCCACUGGCUCAACCCUCUACAACUACCAAAAGCGCUUCCUAUACUACACCGACGAACCAUGGGCCGCCGAGGGUCGGAACGGGAAGGGCUUCUUGCAUCUCCAGCUUCCGUCCACGACCACAUCCCCGGACACAGACGCAACCACCACCACCGCCAUCCCCACUGCCAUCGGCAUCUGCAUGGACAUAAACCCGUACAAAUUCCUCGCGCCUUGGACAGUCUACGAAUUCGCCACGCACGUUCUGGCCAGCGGCGCACGGCUCGUCCUGCUGCCCAUGGCGUGGUUGACGCUGUUGAAGCCUGGAGAGCUAGGGGAAGGGGAAGGGGAAGGGGAAAGGGAAAGGGGGGAGGAGGAGAAGUUGGCGUUAGCGCGCCGGCCGGAUAUGGAGACGUUUAGGUAUUGGCUUUUGAGGUUUUGGCCGUUAGUACGAGCUGCGGGGAAGGGGGAGCGGGAGGGAGAAGGGGAGGGGCAGGGUGAAGCUGGGAUGGUUAUUCUCGUCUUCGCGAAUCGGGUUGGGGUUGAGGAGGGGGGCUUUAGGAUUGGGAAGGACGGGGAUGGGGUGGCAAGGUAUGCGGGGAGUAGUUGUAUUGUUGGGAUUAGGCGGGGGCGGAGGGAGGAUGGAAGUGAGAGCUGGAGAGCAAAAGGGGAAUCAGGAGGUGAGGAGGCGGAGAUUCUUGUGUGGGAGAUGCUAGGUCGUGCGGAGGAAGGGGUUUGCUUCGUUGAUACGGAGGCAGAGCCAAAGUAUGUGUUUCGGAUGAGAGAGCCGGGGGGUGAUGAGGCUUAAUCCUUAAAGUACUUUUUGGUUACGACCCAGAUAGCUAUGGGUUGCUCCUAAUCUACAUCGUCACAUAAGUGACUUGAUGUCGUCAGGCCUCGAUACCUUAAUGUUUUAUAAGAGAUGAUAUGAUGAUAUUCGGUUGUUAUUGUAUUUUACUGUACCUUUCUCAUUGCUGAAGUGAAUGUUUCCGCGAGUUCGGGUAAGUCAUAGAAAAUUAAAUAGAUAUCUUUCCUACGCCCCCUUUGCGUUAUUCUAUGUUUUAUCCCGUCUGAAAAUAUCAGCCAUCAACUCACACAGUUGAACCUCUCUCCUUUUUUUUCUUUUAACCAACCACCACCAGCAGCUUGCAUAGAGAUAUCAAAAACUGCGUGCCGUUAUCGUUUUGUCCCCGUCUAUGCGCACGUUUAUACAGUAGAGGUACAUGUACAUGGCACAGACAAACGCGAACUGCCAACAUGUUGCACUUCACCAACAUAGACACAGGAGGGGUGGGGGAAGCAGAGGGGCACAGCAG